AUGAUGAAGAAAUUCACCCGCGCCUACUCUUCGGCGGCAACUACUUUGGGUUCAAACCCUAUCCCUCCUUCAAAGAUCCAGUAUAUUCCUACGUCAGGGAAAUACCCAAAGGGCUUCAAUGCCUCAGGCGUCUUGGCUGGCGUCAAGCCUGGAAACACCAGCAAGCCCGAUAUCGCCAUCGUCACCUCUGAUCGACCAUGCGCUGCUGCUGGUGUCUUUACAAAGAACAAGUUCCAGGCUGCUCCUGUGACGUACAGUAGGAAAUUGUUACAGCAGAAGAAUAACGCUGGUCUGCGAAGCGUCGUCGUCAAUUCGGGCAACGCGAAUGCUGUCACCGGCACCGGAGGUCUUGAAGAUGCUACCAGCAUGGCUCACACCACGGACCAAAAGGUUGGCGAUGAGAACUCUACUAUUGUUAUGAGUACCGGAGUUAUUGGCCAGAGGCUUCCAAUUCAGAAGAUUCUUGACAAGAUUCCUACCGCUGUUAGCAAGGCUGGCAGUUCUCACACCCACUGGCUCGAGUGCGCAAAGGCCAUCUGCACAACAGACACCUUCCCCAAGCUCAUGUCCCGAAGCUUUGAGCUUCCUUCUUCCCCAGGCGUCGAGUACCGCAUCGCUGGUAUGACCAAGGGGGCGGGCAUGAUUGCUCCCAACAUGGCGACUCUUCUCACCAUCUUGGCUACUGAUGCUCCCAUUUCUCCUGCUGUCAUGCCUAACGUUCUUCGACAUGCAGUGGACCGAUCUUUCAACUCCAUCACCAUCGAUGGUGACACUUCUACCAACGACACCGUCGCUCUUCUCGCUAAUGGCGCAGCUGGUGGUAAGGAGGUCACCUCUGAGCAGUCUCCCGACUAUGAAGCCUUCCAGAAGCUCUUGACCGAGUUCUCUGUUGACCUGGCCAAGUAUGUUGUCCGAGACGGCGAGGGUGCUACCAAGUUCGUGACCAUCCGUGUCGUCGACAGCGCGUCUGAGGAGGCAGCCCGCCAGGUUGGCCGAACUAUCGCUACAUCACCCCUCGUUAAGACCGCCCUCUACGGUAAGGAUGCCAACUGGGGCCGAGUUCUCUGCGCAACCGGUUACGCUCUUAUCUCUGCCCCCGGACAGCCCGUGAACGAUGUUCCUGAGAUCACUCCCGAGCGAACCAACGUCUCCUUCAUCCCUACCGACGGCUCAGCUGAGUUGAAGCUGCUUGUCGAUGGUGAGCCUGAGCAGGUUGAUGAGACGCGAGCGGCCGAAAUCCUUGCCAUGGAGGAUCUCGAGAUUGUGGUCAGGCUCGGAACAGGUGAUAAGUCUGCUGUGCAUUAUACUUGCGAUUUCAGCCACGACUAUGUUACCAUUAACGGUGACUACCGAACAUAA